GGCGGGGAUGGCCGGAUGCCGCGGCAGCGGGCGGGGCAAACUGAUCGCUCCCUCCUCCCUCGGGAGCUGUUGGACCUGUUGUCCCCCCCCUCCACUUCCGGGCUGCUGGGGAGGGGGACAGAGCAGCUUCUCUCUCCUCCCUCUUCCCCAGCCACCUGUCCCGCAGACAGAAAAGGCAGCGCCCAGAGCGCACAGGGAAGCACGCCAAAGCCUGAGACGGCCACGCCUCCUGGAGCUCUUUCCCAGCGCCGGAGCGGUUGGGAGCCUCCUGGGCCGCAGCCCCUCGCUGCCAGGCCACGCCCCCGGAACUCGGGCCCGCCCACUCCGCUGGAGCACCAAGCGGCCAUGGGGACGCCGAGCGGCCCGGACGAGGGGUGCCAGCCGCCCCCGGGCCCGGAGGGCGACGCGGAGGUCCUGCCCCAAGGGGCUGCGCAGCCCCAGGUGCACCCCGAGGACCCCCACGAGCCGGAGGCGCCCGAGGUCCCGGAGGGGCCCCAGAGAGUGAAGGAGCUUCCGAGCGGCCGAGGAGCUGAGCAGCAGGCUGAGGAAGAGGAAGAAGUGGAAGAAGGCAGCAGCACGGAGAGCAGCCGCGACGCGGGGGAGCCUUCGCCCCCGGCACAGACCCCGGCCACGCCCCCCGCAUCCACCCAGCCUGGGGAGGGGGUGCGAGGGGCGGCGCGGCGGCUUCGAGAGCAGCAGCUGGAGGCACUGACCCGCGUGGCCCUGAUGGAGCAGCGAGUGAAGGAGCUACAGCGCCAGAGGAAGGAGCUCAGGAUCGAGAUGGAGGUGGAAGUGGCCCUUCUGCGGGGCGAGCUGGCUGGGGAGCGGGUGGCUGCCCGGCGCGAGGAGGAGCAGCUCCGGGAGCUGCUUGGACAGCAGGGGGACACGGAGCAGGGCAGCCGGAAGCAGCGGGAACAGGAGCAGAGGCAGCUGAGCCAGGAGCGGGAUCGAGUGGAGGGUCUUCGCCAGAGACUGCAGGAGGCCCAGGGACAGCUUGACUCCCAGCCAGAGGAUCAGCGCGAGCGGCUCCUGCAGGGGGUACAGGAGGACUCCUGGCCCCAGCCCACUUACCCACCCUGGGCCGGAUCGGGUCCAGGCCUCCAGUUUUUGCGCUCCCACCCGCAGAUGAGGGAACAGCUGGAUGUGGCCCAGCGUGCAUACGAGGACCUAGAGUUUCAGCAGCUGGAGCAGGAGAGCCGGCGGGAGGAGGAGGACCGGGACAGCCCUGGGGCCCAGGCACUGGACCCCAAGGUCCGGGAACUCCAGGCCAGUGUGGCGCAGCACAGGCGCCGGAUCCAGGUCUUAGAGGAGCAGCUCAAGUCACUGGGGGAGCAAAUGGCAGCUGAGAGCAGGGGACUGAGCCGGAAGAAGGAGGAGGCCCUUCAGGCCCUGACACAGGAACGGAGCCGACUGCUCAAGCUUAAUUGCCUCCAGGGAACCCCGGGUGGGGACUUCUCUGAGUCCAACCAGGCCCUCACUAAGCUCCUGUUCACCCAGAAGACAGACCGCCAGCUGCUGGUGCUCCAGGACCCCACCGCCCACACUGCCUCCACCACUUCCUCCUGCCUCUUCUCCGUUCACAGCUCCCUGCAGGGCUCCAUCGGCCUCCAGAGGACUGGAAGCCUGCCGCGGAAGAGGGGAGAGAGAGCGAGCCAGAGGGCAUCCCCCCGACCUCUGUCCCACCACUCUUCUGGACCCCUCGAGGCCUCAGCCCUCCUCCCAGCAUCAGGGGACUCUGGAAGACACCCGCUCUAUCAGCUGCUGAACUGUGGCCCUGGGAACAGCUGUGGGGCCCUCCACCCAGACAUCGCCCGCAUGGAGCGGCUCCUGCAGCAGGCUGUGGCAGAGAGGGAGCGGCUGCUCAAGGCUAGGGAAGGGAUGAAAAGAAGCAAAGAAGGUUCCUCAGGCCCUGCUGUACCUGCCAUCAUGGCCCCGCCCACACCCCCACCCGGCCCCCCGGGCCCUCGGGUCUUGGAUCUCCGGCAGCACCUGGAACGCUGGGGCCACAAUCCCGAAAGCUGCCCGCACCUGAGGGUGUCCGGAGGCUGCUGCCGUGGAUCCCUGGUGAAGAUGGGCGGCCGCAUUAAGACCUGGAAGAAGCGGUGGUUCUGCUUUGACCGCCAGGCCCGCCGUCUGGCCUACUACGCCGACAAGGAAGAGACUAAGCUCAAAGGCGUCAUCUACUUCCAGGCCAUCGAGGAAGUCUAUUAUGACCACUUACGCUGUGCCUUCAAGAGCCCCAACCCUCGCCUGACGUUCUGCGUGAAAACCUACGAACGUCUCUUCUACAUGGUGGCGCCCAGCCCGGAGGCCAUGCGGAUUUGGAUGGACGUCAUUGUGACCGCUGCUGAUGAGAAUCACGCCCCCUGAAGGGCCCGCCCCCUUAGGGGCCGUCCCGACGAGGCCCCGCCCCCGAGGCCCCGCCCAAUGUCGGAGGGCCUGGGCCUGCCCCUUUGGAACUUCUGGGAAGCCUGCAGGUGCCUUGGCUCAGCGGGCCUGAGCCGUAGUGUUUUGGGCUGCAGGUGCCUUCCCCCAAGGGGAAGCCAGCCCUUGGGGCCCUGCGCCGGGCAGGAGGAAGAUUGCAGGGGCCGGAAGGAACUAUUUAUUGGUGCUCCUGUGAUACCGAAUUAAACACGGAGGAAGACAGUU